AUGGAACACAUCUUGGACCUGAUGUCCGAUUCCAACCCGACGCAGAACGACAGCAUGCUGACCUUCAACAUGACGUCCGCAAACACCAGCGCCGUAGUCUUCGGGUCCCUUUUGUCGCCCGCGCUGGACAAAACCAUCAACAUCCUGAUGGUGAUGGUCUUAUUCGUCACCAUGGUCUCGCUGGGAUGCACCAUGGAGGUGUCCAAGAUCAAGGGUCACAUCGUGAAACCGAAGGGUGUGGUAAUUGCCGUGGUGGCCCAGUAUUGCGUCAUGCCUCUCACUGCCUUUUGCUUGGCCAAGGCCUUCCACUUGGCUGACAUCACGGCUGUUGUGGUUCUCAUCUGUGGGUGCUGUCCUGGGGGGGCCCUCUCCAACAUCCUGGCUCUGGCUCUGCAGGGCGACAUGAACCUCAGCAUUGUGAUGACUUCCUGUUCCACCAUACUGGCUCUGGGCAUGAUGCCCCUGCUGCUCUUCCUCUACUGUCAAAGCUUCGACAACCUGCAGAGCGCCGUGCCUUACGUGGACAUCAUCGUGUCGCUCGUCAUGAUCCUGGUGCCCUGCGGCAUCGGAAUCCUCGUCAAUUACUACCGGCCACGCUACGCUCGGAUCAUCACCAAGGUAGGUCUCAUCAUCAUGUCGAUUGCCGCCAUCGUGAUCACCAUCACCGCCACCGCAGCCAUUGGCGUGGGCGUCAUGGCCGUCAUGUCUCCUCCUCUUCUGGCAAUCGGCGCCCUCAUGCCUUUCAUAGGCUUCACCUUCGGCUACAUCAUCUCUACCAUCUUCAAACUAAGUCACCCGGAGCGAAGGACGGUUGCUAUGGAAACAGGCUGUCAGAACAUCCAGCUGUGCUCAACCAUUCUGAAGGUGGCCUUUCCACAAGAAGUGAUCGGCCCGCUUUUCCUCUUCCCGAUGUUGUACAUAUCAUUCCAGCUCUUUGAGGCCAUGGUGCUCAUCGUGCUGUUCCGGUGUCACCAGAGGCUCACCAGGAAAGAAAAAGGUGAUGCGGGGCUUUGUUAGGACACAGUACAUUAUUAUCAAUAGAGAUGGAUGCUAAGAGCGCAGUGGC